AGGACUUAGAAAGCUGGCCACUUCCCAUCAUGCACCGGGGCAGCGGCUGUUUCCCGUCGUGCCCCGCGCGAGUAUAGAAGGCGUUUUCCCAUGAUCCUCCCUUCCUCUUCGCCGCCGGAGUUGCCUGCGAGGGAGCUGCAGCCGCCAUCAUGAAGGUCGAGCUGUGCAGCUUCAGCGGGUACAAGAUCUACCCGGGCCAUGGGCGCCGCUACGCCAGGACGGAUGGCAAGGUUUUUCAGUUUUUGAAUGCAAAAUGCGAGUCUGCAUUCCUCUCCAAGAGAAACCCCCGUCAGAUCAACUGGACUGUUCUAUACAGGCGGAAGCACAAGAAAGGACAGUCGGAAGAGGUACAAAAGAAACGUACACGCCGUGCUGUCAAGGGCCAUAGGGCAAUCACAGGAGCCUCUUUGGCUGAAAUAAUGGCCAAGAGAAAUCAGAAGCCUGAGGUGCGGAAAGCUCAACGGGAGCAGGCCAUUAGAGCUGCCAAGGAAGCAAAGAAGGCUAAACAGGCAACUAAGAAGACUGUACCCUCCACAACAAAGGCACCUACAAAGGCUGCACCAAAGCAAAAAAUUGUGAAGCCUGUGAAAGUUUCUGCUCCUCGUGUUGGUGGGAAACGCUAACUUGUGCUGAUUUGGUUACAUUAAAUCAAUUUUUGACUAAACUAA